AUGGACGGAGAUCUCAGUCUUUCGCAGUCCUUUGGUGGCUUGCGCAUCGCUAACCCCGAUGAUGUGCCCCCUGGAGGUCUAGAUGAACGUUCAAGCUCCGCCCCUCUUCCACCGGCAGAGGCGAAACGGGAAAACGACGUGAAUGUUUCGAGCAAUGUGGCGUCUUCGUCACCGUCGAACAGACCGUCGAUGCCCAUGCACCCCCAGCCCCAGGACCAGCAAUAUGCACUUUCACAAAAGCCACCCACUCCACAUCAACUUCCAGACAAUCCCCCUGCUACUUCUGUGAGGCCACUAUCGACUUACUUACCACCGUCGACGAACGGUAAUACAACGCCAAUCAGCAGAGGUGACUCAUACCGCAUUCGCACGGAACCGUCUUCCCCUGCCCCGGAUUUUCCCUCGAGAAGUGACUCCCGCAGCCGGUCAGCCAUGUUGCAAGCUGGCGUUCCUAUUCGAGACACAACCCAUAGUGACAGAUCGUACAAACAGCCCCAACAUUAUGGCGAGAAUGCGGCAUUACCACCCAGGAGGAGCUCACGUGCGGUGCACAACAAUUCCAAUCCUCAUCGUUCAGGCUCUCAGUAUAACCCGGAAAACGGGCCUACACACAGUUCUGGAGACUGGCAGGAGCGUGGCUCUGCCGUCGCUGUACGGCAAGAAAUCGACGCGAACGGCAAACCCGUCUCAAAGACUGUUAGGAAGGGCGUCAGGGAUUUCCAAUUUGGCCGAACUCUCGGAGAAGGCUCUUACAGCACUGUUGUGGCUGGAACAGACCGCCAAACCCUGAAGGAGUACGCCAUCAAGAUACUUGAUAAGCGUCACAUCAUCAAAGAAAAGAAAGUUAAAUAUGUCAAUAUUGAGAAGGACACCCUAAACAGACUUACCGAACAUCCCGGAGUGGUUCGACUAUACUACACUUUUCAGGAUGAAAACUCCCUUUACUUUGUUCUCGAUCUAGCCCUGGGUGGUGAACUCUUGAACUUCCUCAAACGAAUAGGAACCUUUGACGAGGAGUGCACCAGAUUCUAUGGUGCGGAAAUUCUAGAUGCCAUCGAUUACAUGCACAAGCGUGGAAUAAUUCAUCGUGACUUGAAACCGGAAAACGUACUAUUGGACAGCCAGAUGCAUGUCAAGAUUACAGACUUUGGCACUGCUAAAAUCUUGGACCCCCCGCAACGACCAGAUGAGGGUUCCGGAGGCAUCCUUGAUUCAGAUAUGUCUGGCCGAGAUAGAGCUAACUCAUUUGUUGGAACGGCAGAAUAUGUCAGCCCAGAGCUCCUUACUGAGAAAAAUGCCUGUAAAGCUAGCGACCUAUGGGCAUUUGGUUGCAUCAUAUAUCAGUUGUUGGCAGGAAGGCCACCAUUCAAGGCAGUCAACGAAUACCUGACAUUCCAGAAGAUCGUCAAUCUCGACUACGAAUUUCCGAAGGGUUUCCCGCCCGUCGCCCGAGAUCUAGUGGAGAGACUUCUCGUUGCUGAUCCCACUCGAAGACUCCCAAUCGAGCACAUCAAGAACCAUGAAUUCUUCAAAGGUAUUACCUGGGGUCGAGGCCUUUGGAAACAGAAGCCGCCUCGUUUAAAGCCCUUCCCCCCAAAUAUCAAUACCGCCCAGUCGCAAAACAAUAGACCCUACCCGCGGGUUAUCACCGAAUUACCCCCUCCAUCGCAACUUGAUAUCGAAUGGUCUCCAGUGCUGACACGACCAAAUGAGCGCAUAUUAAAGAUGGGAAACCUGACCGUUUCGUCAUCGCCUGCUCCUCAUAGAUCCCAGAAUAGGCAUGGAAACGGGGACAGCGACGCUCCCAAGAAGCUCUCUCGAUUCUUCGGUGGUGCUACGACUAAAAAGCGCCAGCGUUUAGUUAUAGCGACUUCCGCAGGGCGUGUGAUAAUUGUUCCUUCCGGAGGAGAUGAAAAGAAAGCAAAACUAGAAGUAUCUCUCCUGCAAUCGGACACUCAUUAUCGAAGCUCGACAGAUCUAAAGGGGCAUUCGUCAUGGAUAAUUGAUACGCGAGACAAACAUCUCGUCUUUGAAGAAGUAAAGUCUUCUUCCACCGAAACGAACACGUCUGCUCUUUCCACGCAGGAAUGGAUGGAAACACUGGAUCGAUCGAGAGAGAUGGGCGCGUUAAACCCCAGAACAGGAUCUUAUAUGGGUGAUGAAGAAGAAAUUUCCGGAGGAAGAGGGCAACUUACGAAAAACCAAGGCCCUACAGAUUCCGAUUCAGUCAAAGCUAAGAAGCGUUUCAGUCGCCGACAUUCAAAGAACGGGCUCUCGGCUGUUUUCUAGAACGACACUGGGCCUUGACAACCACGAUAUGACCUUGGCCCCUAGGUCAUGCACCGAGCUCUCUCUGGAUAUAUUCUGCAUUAACGGCGUUUGGGGGAAGCUCCCUUGAUCUCUCGCAUUGACCUCAAAACCUCUCACGUCACGGUCUUUACCUUUCUCACAUCAAACGACAUAUUCAUUUCCAUUUGCUGUUAAGUCGACAUUUCCGCCCUCGGGCUACGAGUGAUGACCUACACUGGCUAAUGCCGUCGAAGCGUUCUGCAUGUGAAAAACCACUGGUUUGGCACAGUUUCUCUUUGCGAUUUCCGUGAUCCAGUUUCAUUGCGCAGCUCUCUCGCCAUUAGCAUAUGAUUAUAUCAUCCCCAUUCCUCCAAAUUUUCGCAUUGUGCAUAUUGAGCCUGAUAUCUUAUUUUUCCCUCCCCCAGGACUUAGUUUUAUCAUUUAUAUGUGUUUUUUGCAUUCAGUUGUCUCCAUUUUCCUCCUUCUUUUUCCUCCCCCUUUUCCAGUAUAGUAGCUUUGCGGUAUUCCUCCCCGCUAUUCACACGCACCGCACCAUGCUUUGACAGAAUCCAUGAUCUAACGUUCUCCGGGCUUAAGACGGGCUGGCCGGUUUUUUAACACGGUGCGGGCCUGGUUUCUCCCCUCCCCCCCCUUUUUUCUUUGACGUCUAGUUGGGCAGAUUAUCGGGUUCAAGCAAGGCACACAGCAUUUUUCUACAUCCAGUUCGUCUUCGAUACACACUAUUUUAAUCGCUUUGCGUCUGCGCAAUUUACAUUAUUUCGUCUGAAGAAGGUUUGUUGAUUAGAGCGACUGGUGUAUAUGCAUGAUGAUUCCCCCCAAAACCAAUCCUUCCUUUGUUCUAUCCCCGAUUUCCCUACUAUCCUAGAGGUGGAAUUGAAGCUGUUUUCUUCAAGAUGUCUUCUCAUUUUACUCUGGUGUUACCACAUAAAAUCCAUCUAUCCAUAAGGGGCCUGAUAAUUAUGGGGAAGCAUUUACGGCCUAUUGAGUGACUCAGUAAUACUUAAAUGACAAAAAUAUGACCUCGA